AAAUAGACUGUAUCGAUGCUCAGACUUCAUCACAAUAUUACUCUUUUAACAGCAAUUAGUGAAGAGUUCCUUCUCCAUUCUCUUAAGUCUAUCGAUCUCAACCAUGUCUAGCAAAGAAGAUGAGAGAGCAGGAGCUGAAAUCGUGCGUGGAAAAGAAGCUUGUGAUCGAUUUUCAGAGGAACUGAUAAAAGAGUUAGGAUUCCCUAGUGGUGUCCUUCCUACCGGAGAACUAGAAGAAUGUGGGAGAGUGAGAGCCACAGGUUUCGUAUGGUGGAAAUGCAAGGCCGCGUACGAGCAUUUCAAUGUGGCAACCAAUACCAAGGCAAGUUAUGCUGCUGAGACGACGGCGUACGUGGAGAAGGGGAGGAUGAAGAAGAUGACUGGUGUGAAGAGCAAGCAGUUGAUGAUGUGGGUUCCCAUAGUAGAGAUGUGCAUGGAUGGGAACAAGAUCACCUUCAAGACACCCAUGGGUGUCGGCAAGUCCUUCCCUCUCACCUCUUUUAUGAACGAAGCAGAGAAGAAGAAUUAUCUCAAGCAAUAG